UCCGGUGUGGUGUUUUGUCUGGUGGAAAAAAGGUUUGGCGCCUUCCCUCCCCCUCCCCUCCGCAGGACCCGCGCGUGCGCGUGCGACAGAGGCCGAGGUUUCCCGACCACGGGGAGAGAGCCAAAUGGAGGAGCAAAAAGAGAACGUGCCGCGACGCGAGCACACCGGGGAGGAGAACGCGGAAGCCAGCGCGGCCUCGCCUUUCUGUCAGAGUAAGCAGUGCUGCCAGUUUGAUUUUCAAGAAGAAAAUAAUAAAAAAUCUAAUUCAGGUGAUUUCAGCGAUCCAAUCUACAAAGAGAUUUCUCUGACAAAUGGUUAUAUCAAUAGAAUGAAUAGAGAAGAGCUGAGAACUAAACUUGCUGAAUUCAGACUUGACACCAGAGGAGUAAAAGAUGUAUUAAAAAAGAGGCUGAAAAACUACUAUAAGAAAGAAAAAUUAAUGUACAAGCAACCUCCAAAUGCAGAAGACUACUACAAUUAUAUCUGUGUUAUUGACUUUGAAGCAACUUGUGAAGAAAAAAAUCAGCCAGAAUUUGUACAUGAAAUAAUCGAAUUUCCUAUCGUUUUACUAAAUACUCAGACGUUACAAAUAGAAGACACUUUCCAGCAAUAUGUGAAACCAGAGAUUAAUCCUCAACUCUCAGAUUUCUGCAUUAAUUUGACGGGAAUCUCUCAGGAACUGGUAGAGAAAGCUGAUGAAUUCCCCAAAGUGCUGCAACGUGUUGUAGACUGGAUGAAACAGAAAGAACUAGGAAGCAAAUACAGCUAUUCCAUAUUAACAGAUGGGUCCUGGGAUAUGAGUAAAUUUUUAAAUAUCCAGUGUCGUAUUAGUCGUCUGAAGUAUCCUUCUUUUGCUAAGAAGUGGAUUAAUAUCCGCAAAUCCUAUGGAAACUUCUACAAGGUUCCUAGAUGCCAAACAAAGCUGUCAACCAUGUUGGAAAAACUUGGGAUGGACUAUGAUGGACGGCCUCACAGUGGGCUGGAUGAUUCCAAGAAUAUUGCACGAAUAGCCAUUCGAAUGCUUCAGGAUGGAUGUGAACUCCGCGUAAAUGAGAGGCUGCACGGUGGGCAUCUGCUAGCAGUCCCUUCCUCAACUCCAAUAGAGGGCGCUCCAAUCCCGCAGAUGCCCAGGUUUCGAUAAAUAUUAGGAAGUGAGUUACCUUGUCUUCAGGCCCAUAUUCUUGGUAUUCAAAAGCCAUUUCAGACAGCUGAGUUUUUUAAAGAAGGCUCUAUCCCCAGUUUAAUCCCUUGCAGAAAAAUACAGGUCCCAGAGCAUCCACUGAAAGCCUCUCUUUUUAAUACUCUAUAAAUUAGUCACACUAAGUUUCAUUUUAGUUAUCCAAGCAAUCUAUGCACUUAUUAAAAUGGUUUUCUCUGAAGUAAAGUCAAGCAGAAGUGUAACAUUUGAUCUGAAGAUUUUUAACAUAGUUGAAUACCAUGGGGAAUGCAUCUUUGCUGGUCUUUUCUUUUACUGUUUAAUGUGCCAGAAAGAUUUAUUUGAUUUCAUGUCACAGUGACCAAAUUGUUUCCUGGUAUGUGUUAGCUUAUCUGGGUUUGGUAAAUUCUUCACAAUGGGGAUUUGUUUUUUUGUUUUACUCUGAUCUUCCUUACCCAGUUAAUAGAAAAUUUCAGUAGUAAUACUUUUUUGAUGUAUGUAUUGAUGUUCUAAUCUUGUUGAGAAACCUAUUGAGCCAAUAUUAGUUACCUUUUAGCCUCAUUAAAUUCAGAUAGCAAUUUAAGCAUUUUAUUACAUUUCUAUUGAAAUAGUGGAGAUGUGUUUAACAGGAUAAUUGUGCUUUUUUCUUUCCAUUACAUAUACAAUAGCAUGACGUAACUUACUUUGAUAUCCUUCCCCCAGCACUGUUAAAAGAAAAAACAGAGAAGCAAAUUAUUUCUGUAAUCAUUUAAGCUUUAGCAUGGACUCCAUGCCAGCAUUUCAUUCAUAUGAUAAAAGAGAAACAAAUCACUUCCCCUAGAGAUUAUUAUGCCAACCUUUGCGUUGACGUUUCAACUUAUUUUUGAAAGGUUUGCUUUAAUAAAUACAACUUAUGUUUUAAUGCUCUGAACCAUUAUAUAGCAUGACACAUUUUAAUAUUUAUGCACAACUGUUAUAGAUUUCGAACUUCAAAUUAGUUUGUUAUAUUUUGCCACUUUCGUAGGAAUUCUGCUCAGAUUUGUAGACCAGAAUAUUCUGAGGGAGUGGAUUACUGAUUCAGAUCAACUAGUGACCUCAGGUCUAAACAAGAUUUCAAGCCCAUUUUUUAUCUAUUAUACCUCAUAGUGGCUGUGUACAAUUUAUAGUUUGGCAUUGUAUGCAGCAUUGGUUUUCUCCUGAAAGCCCAUUUUGUAAAUAUUCUGCUUUCUUGUAAUCUGUCCAGAGUAAAAGUGAAUAAUGAUUUGAAAUUACACUUUCUCCUGCAGCCUGCAAUCUUAAUAUUCUUUUCUUCUUUUAACACUUUAAAUCAUGUGUGAAAUCAUUUCUACAUAUUUUGUUCAUGGAGUUGGGAUGGUUUUGAAAGACUAUGACUAAUUCACAACUUGUUCUAAGUAAAAAUAGGCUUGACUAUUUUAUAGACCAGCCAGUCUACAUUGUUUAUGACUGAGGUGAACCCAGGCUGUUGGGUGAGUCUAGUAAAGCUAUGUCAAUUAGUAUGUUGUAUGGACACAGUUUAAGAUUUUAUGCUAGGUCAACUUUUUUCCACUGCACAAUUAGUUAUUCAUCUUCUGGACACUUUAAAUAUCACCUUUUGGGAUACUAUAAAAGUUUAUACUCUUUUGAAUACAGUUUGUAUAUUUUUACUUUAAAAAAAGGUUUCAAUCCACUGUAAUCAUUUGUAUUUCAAUUUAAUGUGUUAUGUCUGUCCAAUAAAGGUACUUUGUAAUGUCA